AUGGUCCUCGACUUCAACGGCUCCAGCAGCAGCCCCCUCCUGGCCAGCAGCCCGCUGCGCUCUUUCGCGCCGGAGGAUCCCCGGCAGCUGGGCAGCGGCAGCGGCGGUAGCCACAGCGGCGCCGGGAUGAUCGCCGGCUCGUUGCAUCCCACCCGCCUGGGGAAGCUCUUGCAGGGGGUCACCGCCAGCCCCGGGGGUGGCGGCGGCCCCAGCGCGAUCAGCCCCAGCGGCUUCGGCACGGCUGCGGACGGCGGCAACGACACGCAGUGCGUGCUGAUCCUGAGCUAUGGCAACGUGGAGAAGGUAGUGAUCGGGGCCGUCCUGUCGCUCCUCACCCUGCUGACCAUCGCCGGCAACUGCCUGGUGGUGAUCUCCGUCUGCUUCGUGAAGAAGCUGCGGCAGCCCUCCAACUAUCUCAUCGUCUCGCUGGCCCUGGCCGACCUCUCGGUGGCCGUGGCCGUCAUGCCCUUUGUCAGCGUGACCGACCUCAUCGGCGGCGAGUGGAUGUUCGGCCGAGCCUUCUGCAACGUCUUCAUCGCCAUGGACGUGAUGUGCUGCACCGCCUCUAUUAUGACCCUCUGCGUGAUAAGUAUCGACAGGUAUCUCGGUAUAACCAGGCCUCUCACCUAUCCUGUAAGGCAAAAUGGGAAGUGCAUGGCUAAAAUGAUCCUUUGCGUGUGGCUGCUGUCUGCUUCAAUCACUUUGCCACCUCUCUUCGGCUGGGCUCAAAAUAUUAAUGAUGGCAAAGUAUGUUUAAUAAGCCAAGACUUUGGUUACACAAUUUAUUCCACUGCUGUUGCAUUUUACAUUCCCAUGUCGGUUAUGCUUUUCAUGUACUAUCAAAUCUUCAAGGCGGCCAAGAAGAGCGCUGCCAAACACAAGUUUGCUGGCUUUCCACGGCCUGAAGAAAAUGAAAGAAUUGUUUCUGCAAACGGCGUUGUCAAACUGCACAAGGAGUCUGAAGAGUGCACAAAUUUUUCACGUCUGCUUAAGCAUGAACGGAAGAACAUUUCCAUCUUCAAAAGGGAGCAGAAAGCUGCGACUACCCUUGGGAUUAUUGUUGGGGCCUUCACCGUGUGCUGGCUGCCAUUUUUCAUACUUUCCACUGCGAGACCCUUUAUCUGUGGAAGGUCUUGCAGUUGCAUCCCAUUGUGGGUUGAGAGAACUUUUCUGUGGUUGGGUUACGCAAACUCUCUUAUCAAUCCCUUUAUAUAUGCUUUCUUCAACCGGGACUUGAGGACAACCUACCGCAAUCUGCUGCAGUGCAGAUAUAGGAAUAUCAACCGUAAACUAUCAGCUGCAGGAAUGCAUGAGGCCCUGAAGCUUGCUGAAAAGCCAGAGUUUGUUCUGUAAGGUCAUUUGACUUUUAUUACAUUUAUUCCAUAGUUUGAGAUGUACAUGUUUUCUCUUUCAAGUAAAACGAAACAUGGACAAGAAAGAAAAUCUUUUAAUGGAAGGCAGAUCUUAGAGAGGAUGUCAUAGUUUCCUAUGAAGAAGCUUGGGAAUUGUAUUUGGUGGAGAAUGCUGAGACUUCUGUCGGAGAGAUCAACACUUACCACCAUUCACACACCCAGCAGUAAUUCCCCAGGGUUCAUUAGCAAGGUGGGGAGGGGAGGGACUAUUAAACCAGUUUAAUAGUAAGCAUGUCCUGGACGCAAUAAUUCCAACCUUUGACCAGCCAUUGGCGUUCUGGGGUAUCCAAAGAGUCCUUACAUUUAAGCAACUAUCUUUUAAAUUACUACAAAUCUUAAGAUGUUUAUAGAGCUCUCAGUGUAUGGCUAGAGAUUACCGUCUUGCUACAUAUUUUGUUGACCACUUGUAAACUUAUUGGGUGAGCACAGCAGAGCUGAUUUUUUUUAUUACAUCCUUGCUACUGCACAUUACUGGUUGAUGUGAAUUUUUGGUAAACCAGACACUCACCUUUACUGCAUAGCUGGACAUUACACAUAAUAGGAUCUGUGUGAUUUCUUGCACUUCUCAGUAAGCAGCCAUAAAGUAAAUGAUUACUUGUAGGUGUGAAGAAUUGUGUUAUUAUAAUGAUUAGAUGCAUGCCUAUUCUAUGUGGGUUUCAACAACCAAGCAUCUAGGAUUUUUUUAAAAAAAACACCUGUUUUUCUGAAUUGGA